CACAGCCAGAACAGACACUACGAAGUGAGGCACAUGACCAUACGCAGCUGAUGUCAGAGUUUCACAGUGUGCAAAGUUCAGACAGCAGUGUUAAGAGGCAUGUCUCAGCCGGUCGCUCACUGUGCUGUGACAUGGAAAGCAAGAUGAAAGCCUCAUUUACAACCGUGAAUCUACACAUGCAAGCCCCGUCAUAGACAAGAUGCCGCCCACCAAACAACAGGAGUCAGGUGGAGAAAUGGAAAGAAUCACAAAGGAGAGUGGAGAACUCAGCGCUUCAGGGGAGAGUUCAGACAGCGUAGACCUGACAACAAGUCAAAUUCAUAGCAUGGCAGAUACAAAUGUGGACCCAUUCGUGGUUCUCAGAGAUUGGCUAUCUCAGCUUGGAAAAACAUCCCUACAGUCACCAGAGCAAAGAGAACAAGAGCUCAAUAGACUCAUGCUGCUCUUCAUCCAGGUCUCAGAGAGUGACUGCAACCUUGGUGAUCUGGACCUCCAGGGUUUGGCACUGGAAAUCGGAGUAGCUUUUGUCUGUCAUGUACAACAAAGGGUGUCGGAGAAGCCUGCAGAGGAAGCCCGAUUUGAAUUGGAGCAGUUCUUUCAGAGGUCAGAGGGCAACAGCAACAAAGGAUGGGUUCUACCAAAAUCAAUAUGUCUUUUGUCCAACAGAGACUCUGAGGUUGGUGCUAUGAUCAAGGCAGGUGUACCUGCUGCUUUAGUCAAGUGCCUGUAUCUGUUUGUGGCUUUACCUCCCAGAAAAGUGAACUGUAACUCUCCAGAUGAUGUGGAAGAGGAAGUCAAAUGCUCUUUUCAGGACACUUUUAUUGAGGCGAUCUUGCAGCUGUGCAGGCGGGUAUGUUUUGUAGAAGUUCUGGUGGAGACGCAGGAGCUGUCAAAUGUGAUCAUCUCUCUGUCCCUCCUGUGGGAUCAGUGCAGCCCCUCAUGGAGACGGCAGGCAUCUCGUGUGCUCAGAGCAGUGUCUGCUGCACAAGCUCAUAACACUGUACCUGCGCUGCAAGCUAGUAAUUGCAUGAAGAUCUGCAUCCAGAACAUGCAUAACAUCCGUGAUAAGGUCCCUGGGCAUGUUCUAGCCGAGGUGGUCGUGAGUGUUUUCAGUUUCGUGAAGGACUCUUAUCCUGUCAACCCUGCUCUUUUCGAGGAGUUUGAGAGCAAUGAUGCCUAUGACAUCCUACAAACCGCCUUGUCACGCUGUGAAGAGGAAGUGACAGAGGAGCACUUCCUGGCCAUUCAAGACCUUUUAGCCCUCAUCGCAUCAUUUACUCUUUUUGGCAAGGCUGAGUUAAAAGUGGCCAUAUGUGUGAACAACCCUCAGCCGCCUGGUUUUAGGUUCGACCCCACCCUGACUAAAGGUUCAUCUGUUAAAAACCUCACGGCCUUUCAAAUCAUCCAGUCCUCCUUCCUGCACUCCAGCAACACUGUGAUCUGCAGCCAAAUCCUUCGCACCAUCCAGAUGAUCUGGUCUUUGGAAAAGGCAAACUUCUUCCUGUUGGAGUGGUCUCUUCAGUCUCUGGCUCAACUGGCUGAAUGUAUCUGGCAGAAAUCUCCACCCGUUCACCUCAUUUUCUUUGAACUGCUUGAGACGGUCAUCUUCCAGCUCUCUUAUAUCCCACACGAGACCAUCAAAAAGGUGCAGGCAGUGGUGAGGCAGGGCUGUUCAGAGGCCUUUAGCAUCACAGCUCUGGAGUGUUUCUACCGACUCAUUAUGAAUAGUGGAUUGUUGUCAGAUGUCCUGAGUGAUAGUGGACUGAUGGAGCAGCUGUUGUCUGAGCUUAAAAGAAGAGCUAAGAUUAUCAGAAAGGCUGGGGUUGCUGUAAAUGAAGAGGACACUGAUGAUCAUGAGAGGAGGUUGACCACCAACAUUCUGGAUGUAGUUGCAGCUCUGGCAAUGCAGUCGAUCAGAAACACUGUGCUCAUCCGGGAUUUGGGGAUGAUUCCCUAUGUGAAGAUCUUCAUAGAUGUCGAGCACUUCCGCAGUCCCACUCUUUGCAUUCUGGAGCAGCUCUCAGAGGUGAAUCCAGAGGAAUACAUGAGCACAGCCAUCGGAGCUCUCUGCUCAUCCACGGAGAGUGAAAUCAAACUCAAACGGGACCUCCUGCAGUCUAUUAUGAAAGUUCUGGAGAACCCGAACACUUGGAAUUCCUUCCGCACCGCAGGAGGCUUCACCGGACUUCUCUCUAUUGUUGUGGACAUGGAGGGAGCUCUGCUGGAACGGCCGAUGGGAGUAUGGGCCCCGCUCAGUCGCCAGAGCAUCGUAGACCUGCUCCUCCUCACCUUACACACAAUCGCACUCGCCGUGCAUGUGCAUCCGGUUAACAACCACUUCUUCAACACCACCGGUCUCUGUGAGAAGUUGGGUGAGGCUCUGUUGCAGCUUGGCUGUUUUCAGACAGGCGUCCAUGUAGAAACGGAUAAAGACGCCUCUAACUGCAGGAGUUUCCAGCAGUUUGUGGAAAUGGCGGAGAGGCCGGAACCUCAGCUGCCGCCACCUUUACGCGACUGUGUGAAGCUGCUGGGAUUCCUGGAGCAAUUUGCUACCGGUGUGAGCCUGGUUGCAGAUUCAUGUGCAGGCCUGCAGGAAAAUAGUGAGAGGGGUGCGAGUCAGAUCACAGUGGCGGGUCAAAGGGGAGCAGGGAUGUCCAAUGAGGACGAGACUCGGAGUCAAACCACUGUGUCAGUAUCUACAGAGUCUGGAAGGGUUUAUUGUGACCUCCCUAUUCUUCAUCCUGGAGCUGUUAAACUCCUCAUGACUCUCCUGCCUAGUAUUUAUUGUCCUAGUGACCCUCAUUUGUCUGAGGAGCUGCAGUUGUCUAUAGCUUAUCAUGUUCAGAUUCUAGUGAAGUCAGAGAGAAACAGACAGAUCAUGUGUGAGUUUGGUCUGCUGUCCACACUGCUGACUCACUGCAAACACAUCCUCAUGGACAUCAACAGCUCACUCUACCUGCCUGUAGUUCGGAUCCUGGAGAAACUCGCUUCACAGGCCAUGGAUCACAAGGACCUCAGGCAGUUCCUGUGUCUUGGAGAUCCUCUGAUGUGUAGUGGAAACAAUCAGCCUUCAGUCUCCUGUGAAGAGGCCCCUUGCCCACACAAGAACAAAGAAACUGAAGACGUUGAAAAUAAACCUUCUAAAAAGACAAUGAAAAGAAGUUUUAGCUUAUUGAAAACAUCUUCGGGCAGUGGGACAGUAGUUCCUCUUCACAGAAUCAUAAGCCUCGUCUCCUUCACUUCACCACGGAGCUUUCGACCACACAAAGUCUCCAUUACCCCUUCUUUUGUUGAGUUUGACAUGACAGACAGUGGCUAUGGGUGUCUAUUUCUGCCAUCUCUUGCUACAGUGAAGGGUGUCAGUGCAGACUUCAUCUCCACUGGCGGCUUGGGCACCGACUGCAGAGGUUUUCCUCCUUCAGCCGGCCUGUCGUUCUCCUGUUGGUUCAUGAUCUGUCGGUUCAGCUCGGCUUGUGAUUCUCACCCUGUGCGUCUGCUCACCGUUGUGCGCCAUAUGUCUCGUGCGGAGCAGCAGUUCAGCUGUCUGUCUGUCAGUAUAUCUGCCACUGACGGCUGCUUGGUGAUCUCCACUGAAGAGGAAGCUUAUCAGUUUUUGGAUAUGAUGGAACCAGAGGUUCAGUCUCCCAGUACGCUGUCAUCCUCAGUGCGGAUAAAAUGUUCCCAGCACUUACUAUCUGCUCAGUGGCACCAUCUUUGUCUUGUUAUGGCCAAAGGAAUCAAGAAGAGCUGUCUGGUCACGGUUUACAUAAAUGGAGCAGCAGUCGGAACAGCGAGGAUGAAAUAUAUUCAGCCAUUUCCUGGUCCGUGCAUCUCAAUGGAUCCCUCUGCAGUCAUUGACGUGUGUGGGAUUAUUGGCACUCCAUCAAUAUGGAAACAGCACGCUGCUCUGAUCUGGCGGGUCGGCCCUACAUACUUUUUCGAGGAAGUGUUGAGUUCUGAAUAUGUGGAGAGCAUAUAUGAACAGGGCACCAACUACAUUGGAAACUACCUUGCUCUUAGUGUUCCAGAAGGGGAGGCAGAUGAUGUGAUGUCGCGUAUUAGGAUCGUCUCACCGGAGAGAAUUUCCUUUGCCAUGAACCCAGCGGUAUCCACGGUCACAACAGUAGCAGAUUUAAGAGACCAAUUCAAUGAAGUGGAUUGUCGCCUUAUAGCUAAAGAGAUGGGGAUUACAUCACGUGACAACUGUACUCCUGUCUUCCUGGCCCAUAACAUCAGUCAGAACCUCAGCGGAACUGCCCGGACAAUAGGGGCAGCCCUGGUUGGUUGUUUUGGAGUAAGAACUUUCAAGUCAUGCAGUGCUGCUAGUAGCUUCCAGUAUGUUGGUGGACCUGCAGCCGUUCUGAGCUUGGUGGCGAUGGCCUCAGACGAUGAUUCCUUGUAUGCUGCUGUCAAAGUUCUUCUCUCUGUUUUGGAGACAAACUCUGUGAUGGAGCAGGAGAUGAAACGAACCAAUGGCUAUAAGCUCUUGUCCUUCCUGUUGAAGAUGAAGUCUCAGCUGGUCAGCAGUAGAAUUUUUAACCUUAUUCUGGCCCUUGUGGGCACAAUGGAGCUGGGCAGUGAUGCUUUUUACAUCCCGAACAUCAUAGCUUUCCAGGACGUCCUCUGUGACUUUGAGGUGUGGCAGAACACUCCAGAAAAUCUCGACCUUCGAGUUUUAAACCAUUUAUCUGAUCUCCUUAAGUCAUCAAGUGGGAGUCAAAAGAAUGCUGAGGUCAUGCAUAGACUUAACGUGAUGGGCAAUCUUCUGAUCGUGCUGCAUGGCUCCAGUGUGACCCGUAGGAAGGUGUUAAUCAUCUGUAGCAUCAUAAGAUCCCUCCUUGAGGAACAUUUCAACACCACAGACAUCAAGAGGCUUGGACUCUUCAUAGUUCAUAGUCUUUUGCCUCCCACUUUAAACGAAAAUGACACUUUCUCGGAUUUGGAUUUCGAUGAUCAGUCACAAGGCUGGAGUCAGACCCCUGGUAGAUCGGUUUGGAUCAGGAAUCAGUUGCUCUCUAUGCUGUCUUCUCUAAUCAUCUCAAACGCUUCUCUGUCUAGCAUUAACCAGGAAGAUGUGUUCUUCGCACUGGGAUCCGACUGGUUCCUCCUCUUCUUACAGGGCCACAUCCACACAAGCACAGUGCUGCUGGUUCUCACACUGCUCACUCACUUCCUGUCGCAUCCAAACAUCCUGGCAACGUUCAAAGAGGCUGUGUCACCAGGAACAUUAGUGGGCACCAUGGAGAUGCCUACAAGUAUCACAGAUAAUUUAAGGUCUCACUCAUGGUCAUAUGAGUGUUUGAGCUGCAUUUGCCCCGGGUUCGACGUUCUGCAGAAGCUUCUCAUUACUCAUAUUCACCUGCCUCAGAUCUACGGGUCUCUCGCCGCAAUGCUUUUAGGAAAAUCAGACUUUCAGGUUUCUAUUGAACAGGAAGAUGUUGACGUGAUGCUACAGAGUCUGAUUGAAAGCGUCAGUGAUGGAGCUGAUGAGGUUAAAUUGUGUGCUGAUGCAGCUUGUGUUCUUUUAGCACUAAUCAAAGUUAUCAUUACUAGGCCUGUAACAGAUGGCUGGGAAGUCCAGUACCCAGGUUGCGUGAUGCAGUUUCUCUGCCUGGUGCACAGUCUGUUUCCUAAAGAUCUCCUCUGGACCUCCCCCGAUUUCCUCACUUCACUGGCCAGUGCGGUUUUCCCCUUUGAAACCUCUGAGAGCUCUACAGGUGUUCAGGGUACCAAAGAGGUUGUUAAUGUGGAGGAGCCCCUCUUGCUCCGGCCCUCCCACCCGGGCAGGAAGCAGGUGUGUGACUUCAUCCGCAUCCUCUUGAUGGACAGCCUUAUUAACAUCUCUGCUAAAGACAGUGUACAUCCUUUAACACAGCUACUAGAGUUUUCUCCAGAUGGUGUUUGUCAAGAGCAGAGACAGAGCUUUCAGACGGAACUGCUGGAGUUUGUUAUGGAAAUCAUCCACAUGACAGGGCAGGAGGAGUCCACACAUGUGGCCAGAGAUGAUCCAUCCAAGUCAAAGCCAGACAGAAAAGCUACCAUUUUGAUUGAGAACGUGGCAUUCUUUAGUAAAAAGCUCGUGGAGAAACUCUAUUCUGGCAUGUUUGUGGUGGAUCCAGAAACCCUCCUGGUCUUUAUAGCAGAGCAGAUAUCAGUGGCACUGGAGAGAGGUCAGGGUCGCCGGGAGGUGAUGGUCGGUUUUCUGUAUAAAAGCUUGAACCGAGCCCUGCUUUACUUCCUGUCCCGACCCAGACAGACUCCGGCUGAGCAGGAGCUCAUCGUUCAAACCCUUCAAGUGUUGCACCAGCACUGGGAUGUCGUCAUGGUAACCUUCAAUGCUAAUGUCCACUUCCUGAGCUGUCUGUUGCACUGCCUCAUGAUCAUCCGCUCUGGCAGCUUUCUUGAUGGUUUUGGAUGUGAAGUUAAUAGAAAACCCUCGAGAAAAAUCUGGAGGCACCUCUUUCCCUACAAGAGCAGCAUGGGGACGUCACAAACCAAUGUGAACGACUCAGCAGAGGUGGAGUCCGAGCUGAUGUUGCUUGUGGAAAGCACGUGGAGUAAAAUCAUGCAGGAGAGGAGACAGACUCUAGAGGAGGCCUAUAAGAUCGACCUGUCUGCUAAGACUGCUGGGAAAGAGGGACAGCUUUCUAUGAGCGAUGUGAGCCCUUUGUGGGAGGAGACGGCGAUGAAAGCUUGGCAGCUCUUUAUAGACUCCCAGAAUAAAAAGGUAAAUAAUGGUCACCAGAAGAGGGCCGGACUUCUCAGCAGUGCACUGCAAUCCGUUCAGAAGAGGUUCGAGAAGGAUCCCGUCGGCAGUUUUGAGGGGUUUGUUGCUGACAUGGAGGCACAUUGGCAUACUUGUGAAACCAUAUUUGAUGGCAUGUUGAGGAGCCACGCGCAGAUGAUUCAGAGUGAGAAUGAACGGAUGGCCAGUCAGUGGAUGAGAAUAGAGGAGGAUCUACUCAGAGAGAGGGGUCUGUUCGGGCCCGGGCCUGGUGUGUUUCUCAAGCGAGGAUGGGUGCAGAAUACAGCAGAGGGCCGGAACCGCACACGAUCUCGAAUUCGUCGUAAAGAACUACGCCGCUCCAAGAAGAUGCCAUCGAUGACUUCAGGCCUCAUUCAGAAAAAUAUCAUUGACGAAAGAAAAGCAGAUGAAGUAAUUGAGGUUGAUUCAGAACCCAGGAUCCUGUGUGAGGCGGGACGGGAGGUUGAGGAGGAGCCCGGCUUGGACUGUGAGCGUUUGACCUUCUUUCCCGUGUUGAACGAAGCUUCUCUCGUGAGCGAGGAUUUCUCCGAUCAGUGUACAGACACACAGAUUAUACUGCAGGAGCUGGUGCCCAAUGAAGAGGUGAAGGCAAAGCACUGCGUGGUGGUUGUCAGUGGUCAUGUGGUGUCCGAUGGGGUGCUGUUAUUUGGUAAAGCUGACCUCUACAUAUGUGAGGCCUUCACGUUGACCUCAACAGGAGAUGUGUGCUGUAGACUUCAUCAUAAAACCAAUGUGAGAGACUCAUAUAUUUGUAACAUGAUGAAUAAAGAGAAACGCCCGAGCCCGAGCUGCAAACGCUGGUCAUAUGAUGACAUCAAAGAGGCAAAUUUCAUGCGUUACCUGCUUGAGGACAACGCCCUGGAGAUUUUCCUGAAGAAUGGAGCUUCAGUGUUUCUUGUGUUCUUCAACAAUGACCAUGUCAAUGCUUAUAAAAGGCUGUGUUCUGUGGUCUCCUCAUUAAAAGCGAAAGGACCUGAGACUGUAUUUCAUGUGAGCAGGUCUGGCUUGUCCGUUUUAAGAUCUUUCAGAAGAACAGCUGGGGUUGAAAAGAAUGUGCUUAUGAAAUGGCAGAGGGGAGAAAUCAGUAAUUUUGAAUACCUCAUGCAUCUGAACACUCUUGCUGGACGGACGUACAACGAUUUGAUGCAAUAUCCUGUUUUUCCCUGGAUCAUUGCAGAUUAUGAAUCCGAGACUUUAGAUCUGUCGUCUCCCGCGACAUUCCGAGACCUCUCCAAACCAAUGGGAGCUCAAACGGAAAAAAGAAAAGAGCAAUUCAUCCAGAGAUACCUUGAAGUGGAAAAUAAUGAAGGUGAUCUGUCUGCACAGUGUCACUAUUGCACACACUAUUCCUCAGCCAUCAUAGUGGCCUCGUACCUGGUGAGGAUGGAGCCUUUCUCCCAAACCUUCCUUUGUCUGCAGGGCGGAAUGUUUGACGUUCCGGAGCGGAUGUUCUACAGCAUUCAGAAAGAAUGGGAAUCGGCAUCUAAGGACAACAUGAGCGAUGUCAGAGAGCUCAUUCCUGAGUUUUUCUACCUCCCAGACUUCCUUGUUAACUCCAACAACUUUGACUUUGGUUGCAUGCAAGACGGGACAGCUUUGGGCGACGUGGUGUUGCCACCGUGGGCCAAAGGAGACCCGCAGGAGCUCAUCAGGAUGCACAGGAAGGCUCUCGAGAGCGAUUACGUGAGUGCACGUCUGAAUCUUUGGAUUGAUCUGAUCUUCGGCUACAGACAGCAGGGUCCGGCCGCCGUGGAGUCUGUUAACACAUUUCACCCAUAUUUUCACACUGACAAAUACAACACAGCGAGCAUGAAGGAUCCUGUGAUGAAAAGCACCAUCCUUGGCUACAUUAAUAACUUUGGCCAAAUGCCGAAGCAGCUUUUCACGAAACCGCACCCAAGCCGCACGUCUCACAAAAGCUCUGCGGGAAAGGAGACGUCGGUAUCCAGCCAAAUCAGCCCGUUUUUCUAUAAACUGGACAAGCUCAAGCUUUCCACGCAGCCCAUUAAAGAACUCUUGUUGGGGCCUGUGGGUCAGAUAGUAUGUAAAGAGAAGGACGUGUUGGUCGUGGAAAAAAACAAGCUUCUCAUCCCUCCACAGUGGAACACAUACUUCUGCUGGGGUUCAUAUGACCAGACCUGCUCUUUUGGAAACUACGCAGCCGAAAAGAGCUUUGGUAUGUGUGAGAGCCUGUCAGAUUGGGGGGAGACUGUCUGUGCUACCUGCCCCAAUGGCAACACCAUCAUCACGUCCGGGAAGAGCACUGUGGUGUGUGUGUGGGACGUCUCCAUCACCAAAGACAAACUCAAACACAUGAGACUCAGACAGACCCUGUAUGGACACACAGACACAGUGACAUGUCUAGCAGCAUCAGAAGCUCACAGCGUGAUUAUUAGCGGCUCUCUGGACCAGACCUGCAUCCUGUGGGACCUGGAAGACCUCGGAUACAUCACACAGUUACCAGAACAUUCCUCUGGCGUGUCUGCCCUGGCUAUUAAUGACCUGACCGGUGAGAUCGCAUCGUGUGCAGGCACCCAUUUGUACCUGUGGACCAUGAAGGGACAGCUGCUGGCCUCCAUCGACGCUUCCUGCGGGCCCGAAGCAAACAUCCUGUGCUGUUGCUUUACGCAAAGACACGAGUGGGACCCCCGCAACGCUGUCAUCACCGGCUGCGCAGAUGGCGUUGUCAGGAUAUGGAAGACCGAAUAUACUAGAGUACAAUUACCUGGACAUGAGAAGGCCUCAAUGUCUCAAGGGCACGUUUUGUCAUCAGCCCCUGAAGAAGCAGACGACGGUUCCUGGAAGUGGAAGAGACACCUGGUGCUCUGUCGAGAGUUAAACCGCAAUCCGUCAGCCUCGCGGCGACGGGGCAAAGUUAACCCAGCCAUCACCGCUCUGGCCAUAUCCAGAACGCACGGCACACUGCUGGUUGGUGAUGCCUGGGGUAGGGUGAACGGCUGGUCCUGCGAGAACUAGAAUCAGACCGUCGAUCAAUCGUUUGUCAGUCUGCGUUUCAGACACGCAAACACAGUCCGGCUUAAGUGCUGCCUACGUGUGCACUUCACGCUCACCACUUCCAGCAGGACUGCUGACUACAGGAGAGCCGCUCUGGGUCUGCUGAAUUACAAGGAUGACGCAUUCGUCUUGGACUGGGUGAGGCUCGCUGGCCAGGGCCGGAAACACAACCCUGCUUAUUUAAGAAACGAAAGACGAUACGUCAAAACAAUUUAGAUCGGUUUUAUUGUACAGCAGCUCUGUUUCUCUGAAACAGACUGUCUGAAAGUCAAAGUAAUGUUUAUUUUAUAAACACCGGUAUGCUGAACUUAUAGUCAAAGUUGUUUGACUAUAUUUUAUAUUUUUGUUUUAAAUACAUUGAAUGGAUACUUUUAACUCGUAAAGCAGCGGGGUUCUGCUUAUUCUGGUCGUGUUAUGCUGGAAACAUAAGAAUGUUUGAGAACAUGUUGCAUAGCAACGUUUCUUGCGCAAUAUUUUUCAUUGGAUUUUUUUUAAAAAGAUAAUCAAGCAGAUUUUAUUGGUUAAACCUAAUAUUGUUUAAUUAGAUAUGAAUAAAACUGUUUACUCUUA